AUGGCCAAGCGGAAUCGACGAACUGGGCUGACGGAUGCAACCGACCCCGAUACCGUCGGCACAAAGGAAGCCAGCGGCGCACCGCUCUCCUUGGAUCUCCCGCAACGCGAGCCGGCGUCACUGGGUAAGCUGCAUGAGAUCGAUCUUGGCCAGGAAACCAAGCUGGAGAAUAUCGCACGGACGGAGGCGGCUACAAGGAGGCUCGUCGGUGGCGACCACGUGGAGGACGCGCAGCCCGGGGAUGACGAAUCUCCCUCGAAGAACACCUCCACACAUGAAAAGAAACCAUGGCGUCACCAGAGACGACGGACCAGCGAAGAUGCCCAGAGAGAUAGGCUGGUUGAAGAAGUUUUGCGUGAAAGCAGGCUCGAUGUUUACGAUGAACCUGCGGAAGAGACUACGACCGUUACCGAUGACCAAGCCGCCGAUGAUAGGGUGGCAGAGCAGUUUCGAAGGGAUUUCCUCGAUGCCAUUCAGUCCCGUCGUCGGGUGGCACGAGCGCGAAACACCAAAACCACCAAGCCGGAAGCGCCGCGCGGUCCUAAACUCGGAGGUAGUCGCAGUGCUAGAGCUGCGAUGCGAGAGAUGCAGGACAAAUCAGGGCGAAAAUGA